AUGACGAUGAACCCCUAUAUUAGCUGGGCCCUCCUGCUCGUCGUAGCAGGUGGUCUCGGGUGGUACUACACCAAUGGCUCCACCCCGAAGGCUAAGACCGCAGUCCGAUCUGUUGUCGAGAAGACGGAGGCUGUGGUAGCACCCAAGAAGCAAAAGCGGAAGACAAAGGCCCCCGAGCCGGCUGUGGCCAAGAAGCCCGAGGUGAAGACUGUCGUCUCGCCCCCCACGACCGAGGAUGAGCAGCCGGAUGAGGAUGUCGACCGCAAGGAGAUGGCUCGCCGCCUGGCCGCCAUGAAGAAUGGCACCUCCCAGGUCGCCGCCCCUGCCGCCAAGAACCAGAAGAAGAAGGCCAAGAAGGCCACUCAGCUCGAGGGCGGCUCGCACGCCUCCUCGACCACCGGCGCCGAUGCGGAUGAUGACCUCUCCCCCGCCGCCUCUCCGGAGGUGAAUGCCACUGUUCCUUCCGCUGGUUACGUAUCCGACAUGCUGGAGGCCCCGGCCCCUGGCGCCUCGGUCCUCCGUGUGACCGGCAACGUCGAGUCGGAGCCCAAGAAGCAGAAGGCGCAGAACUUCAAGCAGGUGGAGACCAAGAAGCAGCGCCAGAACCGUCUUAAGAACGAGGCGCGCAAGCAGCAAGUUCAGGAGGCCGAAGAGCAACGCCGGAAGUUGCUCGAGAAGCAGCUACACACCGCGCGCGAAUCGGAGCGCCAGGAGGUUGCUCGUUCUAAGCCGCCUACCAGCAACGCCUGGCAGACCAAGGAGGCGGAGCCUGUGGUCAACGGUUCUUCUCAGCCCGCCUCCGCUGCUGCUCCCGUGCAGCUCCUGGAUACCUUUGAGCCCGCCCCCGCUGCUCCGGCCCAGAAGAAGUGGGCCCAAAAUCUUCCCUCAGAGGAGGAGCAGCUGCGCAUUCUGGGAGCCUCCAACGUUGACGACGACUGGACCACUGUCUCCAAGAAGCCCAAGAAGAAGGGCGGCAAAGCCGAUGAGAGCGUCAGCGAGACCAGUGCCUCCGAGUCCCAGCCGGCUUCUGCGGUCGCUGCGCCCGUUGAGCCUCGUGUGACCGUGACUCCCACCUACAUCCCGGACAUCCUUCGCUCCCGUGAGAAGGGCCACCCGCUGGACUCGGACUGGGCCGCCUGA